AUGUCUUUUCACAGAUCUGCAGAUCACUUUCCACCCAGCGAUGCACUUGAUAGGCAUUUAAUCCGAAGAAGCGAGAGUUCAGAUGAUGAUGAGAGGAGGCUAAAGAGAAGAGAAAAGAACCGAGUGGCGGCACAGAAGAGUCGCAAACGGCAGACACACAGAGCUGAUGAGCUGCACGAGGCAUAUGAGUGCUUAGAGCAGCAGAACAGCUUGCUGAAGAAAGAGGUUCAGCUACUGCUUGAAGAACAGAGAUCCCUGGCAGAGGCACUCAAAUCACAUGAACCUUUGUGUACUGUUCUAAACAACAACAUGCAACCAACACCAAGGAACACUGAUGUAAUUCCUCCCUAAGUUGAUAUUUUAGAAA